UAUUGGCUGCGCUUCAAAACACACAAAGCUGACUAGCUAGAUCGCUUUCAGGGCCUCUCAGGCGCGUUCCCGAGCUAACUGUCUCCAAAUACCGUCUCGAUAGGUCGCUUGCUGGGUUUUGCGAGUCGUUAUCUGUUUUCAGAUAGAGCUUAAUUUAGAUAGUAGAUCAUUGAUUUCAGACAGCACGGCGGUAUGACAGAGGCCGAUGUUACAGCAUUUUCACCAGAGACUUUCGAGCUGCCCGACUACACGGCGCUCAAGCGCUUAUACUGUAUGAAUGGAGGCUUUCACCUUCAGAUCCUGCAGGACGGGACAGCGUCUGGGACACGAGAGGAAAAUAUCUACAGUAUACUGCGAGUUAAAGCCACAAGUCCAGGAGUGGUGGUUAUUGAAGGAACGGAGACAGGACAAUACCUCGCCAUGAAUGAAGAUGGCAAGCUGUAUGGCUCAACAUCAGUAACCGAUGAAAGUUACUUUUUGGAGAGAAUGGAGGAAAACCACUACAAUACGUAUAAGUCUCGCACGCAUGGUGAAAACUGGUAUGUUGGAAUUAAAAAGAAUGGGAAAAUGAAACUUGGCCCAAGAACACACGUCGGACAAAAGGCUGUUUUUUUCCUCCCUCGACAAGUGGACCAGGUACAGGACUGAAGCCCAUAACCUGCUACUUAAACCAAUGUAAACAAAUGUGAACUGACAACAUGCACUCAACUUAAACUGGAAACUAACACUAAUAUGAUAUCUCCUAAAAAUAAUCGGCCACUUUAUAAGGUAUAGUUUGCUAGGACAGCGUUCAAUUCCCUUAUGCUUUCAGAUUGAAGAAUCGUUCAGAAUAGUUCUUCAUGAGCUUUAACCGGUCUGGUCAUUCUCCUCUGAUCUCUGUUAUCAAUAAGCCAUUUUUAUCACAGAAUACUGCUAUUCACUGGAUAUUUUUCCUUUUUCGGACCAUUCUCUGUAAACCUUAGAGACAGCUCUAUGUAAAAAUACCAGUAAAUCUGCAGUUUCUGAACUACUAAACCAGCCUGUCUGGUACCCACAACCAUGCCAUGUUUAAAGUCACCUAAAGUGAUAGUUUACCCAAAAAUGAAAAUUCUGUCAUUAUUUACUCACCCUCUUGUCAUUUCUAAUCUUUAUGACUUUCUUAAGAUAUUUUGAAGAAAGUUGGUAACCGAACAGCACUGGCCCCUAUUAACUUUCAAAACCAAUGCAAUUGAAUGCAGGCCAGUUAACUUUACUUUCUUCAAAAUAUCUUCCUUCGUGUUCUGCGGACGAAAGAAAGUCAUGCAGGUAUGAAAUGACAAGAGGGCGAGUGAAUGAUGACAGAAUUUAUCACUUUAAACUAUCACUUUAACUCACAUUUCUUUUCCAUUCUGAUGCUUGGAUUUAACACAUGCUAUACACAAUGUGCAUGUUCCUAAAUGCAUUGACUAGAUACUGGUGUUAACAUACAAUUAAACAAGUAUACCUAAUAAAGUGGCCGGUGAGUAUUAUAUCAUUACUUCAGUAAAUAUUCUACUAAAUCUUGAAUGUUGCCAGAUCAAAACUUUAUUUAAAUAUGCACUGAUCAAAAUACAAAUUAUAUAAUGCACUACUGUGACAGUUAAAGGUUUUGUAAUUUAUUUUAUAUUUUGCUUAAAGAAAGUUUAGUUUCAAUGUAGAAUUUUAAAUUGUGUAGUUUUACCUGUACUGUAUUUCUUUUCACCAGCAACACAUACAGUAUAUGAUGUCAGUAUUCUGCCUUGUGAAUGUACAUUUCUAGUUUUAUUAUCUAAAUUAUCAUAAUCAUUUAAUCUGAAUUGACCUGUGUUGAGCUAUGUAAAGACUGUUGAAAAAUGAUGAAUAUAAACUGCAAAUAAAACAUACAAACAAAACGUAUCGACAAGAAUAAUUCAAGCAUACUGUACAUUUUCAUGUGUAUACAUCAUUUUAAUGCAGCUAUUAAAAUUAUAGUUAGACCAGACAUUUGAGACCAAAGCAAAUAAUUUUAC